CUUUGAAUUUACUUGUUUCCACAUCGACUUCCUCCUAUAGCCGAACACUUCGAAAUAAGCCGCUCGUUCUAGUUUAUCAUCACGUUCGUUCUUUUGGACAUAUAGCUAUCAAGAUGAUUGUAGCUCGCUGGACUUUCGGGGCAAUCCUCGCUGCCACUGCAGCCUCCGCAUCGGCGGACGAGCUACAGUUCUUUGCUCGUCUGCUCAAGCGUCAGGACCCUGAGUCUCCUUCCUACUACUGCCACGAUAACUGUGGCCAAGCCAUCAUCCAGGGAAGAAGCAGCAAGGAUGUAUGCCAUGACGAUAUCUUCCUGACCGACUACAAGGCCUGCUUGCAGUGCGCCGGUCCCGACAACGAGGACAUCUGGCAGUACUACGGGAAUACCCUAACAAAGAGCGCAAGUUCAUGCGGUCUAUCAACGUCGCCUCUCUCCGGUGAUCAACCCGAUGUGGGGCCGGCGGUUCCCGCCGGGUCUUCCGGUACGACAAGCGCAUCGGAGUCUCCUUCACCUACAUCCGCGACCGAGACCUCUGAGACCGAGGCGCCGACUCCUACCGAGACUCCUACUGAAACCCCUACUGAGACCCCUACCGAAGCACCAACCACUACAGAAUCCUCGACAGAGACAUCCACUGUUAGUUCCAGCACCCAGGAAACAACCCCAACCGAUUCGACAUCCGCUUCUUCUUCGGAGCGCCACACUGUGACAGUCACCGAAUCAUCAUCAGCGACGAGCGCGUCCGAGGCAAAAGCAACCACGGAUGCUUCGGCGGGUACCAGCAGCGGAAGCGACAGCGGAUACGGAAAUGGAACAGCGCCUACAUCAUCUGGAGUUGCCGUAGCUGGUAAUUCUGCCAAUGUCCUCUCCGGCAGUGCUGUUGGUUUCUACGGCGCGCUGGCGCUUGGUGCUCUGUAUGCCGUCGCGCAGUAGAUGUGACUUUUCAGGGUCAUGGUGCGCUGUAUGCCUGUGUGUGUAAGAUAUAAUAUAGGGAGAUAUUCACAUACUUAAUACAUAUUGCACUACUUAAUCAAGAAUUCAUAUAUUCGCAGUCUCGUCUCUAUUAAUGCUAUUAGAUGCUAGAAGGCCAUAUACUCUAAGGAGACAUAUGUUGAGUGAAGAUACUCGGAUAGGGGUUGGGGCGUUUUGCAUAGUUAUAAACAAGUCUGAUGAAAAAUUUAUGAAUAAAACAGAAGCUAUCAACUACUUAUUUCGCUACUUAUAGAAGACACCACAGAUCCCAU